GAAAUGUGACAGAACCUCCACGAGGCCAUCUAGCGGCGACUGAGAAUCGUGUGACGUCACCCUCCUUCUGCUCUAGUCGGUCCUUUACGGCGUUUCCAACAUACGCCUUGCAUUGUUCUGUUUCUCUGUGAACUUUACCAACAAACAUCCAAGAUGGUGAACUUCACAGUCGAGGAGAUCCGUCAAUUGAUGGACAAAAAACGGAACAUCCGUAAUAUGUCAGUAAUUGCCCAUGUAGAUCACGGGAAAUCAACUCUUACCGACUCGCUCGUGUCCAAAGCUGGUAUUAUAGCAUCAUCAAGAGCUGGAGAAACGCGGUUUACGGACACGCGUAAGGAUGAACAAGAGCGUUGCAUUACUAUCAAAUCGACUGCCAUCUCCAUGUACUUCAAGCUCAGUGAUGAGAAUGUGGCCUUGAUUAACAGCAAAGAUCAGAAGGAGGAGGGAGAAACUGGCUUCUUGAUCAAUCUUAUUGAUUCACCUGGCCACGUUGAUUUCUCUUCUGAAGUAACAGCAGCAUUGCGUGUAACUGAUGGAGCUCUUGUUGUGGUCGAUUGUGUUUCUGGUGUAUGCGUACAAACUGAAACGGUAUUGCGUCAGGCCAUUGCUGAAAGAAUUAAGCCAGUUCUUUUCAUGAACAAGAUGGAUCGUGCUUUGUUGGAAUUGCAGUUGGAGCAAGAGGAGCUUUACCAAACAUUCCAGAGGAUCGUUGAAAAUGUUAACGUUAUUAUUGCUACCUACAAUGACGACACUGGACCCAUGGGAGAAAUGCGUGUUGACCCCAGCAAGGGAUCAGUUGGCUUUGGCUCUGGUCUUCAUGGUUGGGCUUUCUCUGUAAAGGAGUUUGCAGAUAUUUAUGCCUCUCUUUUCAAAGUUCCUGCCUCGAAGUUGAUGAACAAGAUGUGGGGAGAAAACUUCUUCAACAAGAAGACCAAGAAGUGGUCAACCACCAAGAGCUCCGACAACGAGCGUGCCUUCAACACCUACAUCCUGGACCCCAUCUUCAAGCUCUUUGAUGCUAUCAUGAAUUUCAAGAAAGACGAAACUCAGAAGCUGUUGGAUACUUUGAAGAUCAAGUUGUCCCCUGAAGAUCGUGAAAAGGAAGGAAAACCUCUUUUGAAGGUUGUAAUGCGCACAUGGCUUCCUGCUGGUGAUACUCUCUUCCACAUGAUUACUAUUCACCUUCCAUCACCUGUAACUGCUCAGAAGUACAGGGCUGAAAUGCUGUACGAGGGUCCCAGUGAUGAUGCUUGCUGCUCAGGUAUUAAGAACUGUGAUGCUGAAGCUCCACUCAUGAUGUAUGUGUCCAAGAUGGUACCAACAACUGAUAAGGGCCGUUUCUAUGCCUUUGGACGUGUGUUCUCUGGCAAAGUUGGUUCUGGUCAGAAGGUUCGCAUUAUGGGACCCAACUAUUUGCCAGGAAAGAAGGAAGAUUUGUAUGAGAAGUCAAUCCAGAGGUCUAUCCUCAUGAUGGGUCGUUUCAUUGAAGCCAUUGAAGAUGUCCCAGCUGGUAACAUCUGUGGUCUUGUAGGUGUUGAUCAGUAUUUGGUGAAGACUGGUACAAUUACCACCAGCAAGGAUGCUCAUAACAUGAAAGUGAUGAAGUUCAGUGUAUCUCCUGUUGUCAGAGUAGCUGUGGAGCCAAAGAACCCCUCUGACUUGCCCAAGCUCGUUGAAGGUCUGAAGCGUCUGUCCAAGUCUGAUCCUAUGGUACAGUGUAUCAUUGAAGAGUCUGGUGAGCACAUUGUUGCUGGUGCUGGUGAACUUCACUUAGAAAUCUGUUUGAAGGAUCUGGAAGAAGAUCAUGCUUGCAUUCCAUUGAAGAAGACCGACCCUGUAGUAUCAUACAGGGAAACUGUAAGUGCUGAAUCAACUGAGCUUUGUUUGUCCAAGUCUCCCAACAAGCACAACAGGUUGUACAUGAAGGCUAAUCCUAUGCCUGAUGGCUUGGCUGAUGACAUUGAAAAUGGCAAAGUUACUCCUCGUGAUGACCCCAAGAACAGGAAGACCUUCUUGUGUGAGAACUACAGCUUCGAUGCCACUGAUGCAAUGAAGAUCUGGACAUUUGGACCCGAGUCUACUGGAGCAAAUCUGUUGGUAGAUGUCACCAAGGGUGUUCAGUACCUCAAUGAAAUUAAGGACUCCUGUGUUGCUGGCUUCCAAUGGGCUACUAAGGAAGGUGUCCUUUGUGACGAGAACAUGCGUGCUGUACGAUUCAAUCUUCAUGAUGUGACCUUGCACGCUGACGCUAUCCAUCGUGGUGGUGGUCAGAUCAUUCCUACCACCCGUCGUGUUUUAUAUGCCUGUGUCCUUACAGCCGAGCCACGUCUCCAGGAACCAGUAUACCUCUGUGAAAUCCAAUGUCCUGAAGCUGCUGUGGGUGGUAUCUACGGUGUACUCAACAGGCGCAGAGGUGUCGUAUUUGAAGAAAUGCAGGUUGCUGGUACCCCUAUGUUUGUUGUUAAAGCUCAUCUUCCUGUAAAUGAAUCCUUUGGUUUCACUGCUGACUUGCGUUCCAACACUGGUGGACAGGCCUUCCCACAAUGUGUGUUUGAUCACUGGCAAGAGAUGCCUGGCAAUCCUUUGGAUUGCAAUCCCAAUUGCAAACCUUACAAUAUUGUUAUGGAAACCAGAAAGAGGAAGGGUCUUAAAGAAGGCUUACCUGAUCUUUCCAAUUAUCUUGACAAACUGUAAUCACCUAAUACAACAUAACAUAACGGAUAUUUUAAUUUUAAGGUUUUAUUUACCAUAGUGCUAUGAGGAAGAUGUGAUUACAAUAAAAAAAAAUAAGAGGGUA